UUCUUUUCGCAUUCGCAGCGUGUGAGCUGUGUUUCGACAAAUAGCUAGUGCUGUCAUGACUAGAAAUAACACGCGUUACUCUACAAAAUAAUUGACGGCAUCGAAGAUUUUCCAUCUUCAAUACGCGAUCAACUGUCUGGUCGACUGUAGUUUAUAAUCGGUUCGGGAAAUGUGCGGUCCAUCGGUAUUGUUAGUUUUGAUACUAGUAUCAUCAAUCGGUACUGCAAUCGCAGCUACUACUUCGAAUCCAUCGACUGUCAAGUCAUCCAAGUCGGCAUUGACCACCGCCAGAUCUGCACCAAAAAACAUUACUAGGAAGGUAAUAACUUUUCGGCAAAAUUUUGAAAAUGUUGAGGAGGAAUGCACAUGUGUCGCCUUCUAUGAAUGUGGCGAUGAAACGAAUACGAUAAUUAAUGUGCCAACGGUGGAUGGUGAACAACGAUGCAACGGCGAUCAGGUCUGCUGUAGACCAAAAAACCCACCACCAUCACCGGCACCUUCAUCAGCAUCCAAUAAGUGUGAUGAUGCUUGCAUUUGUGUACCUUUCUAUCAAUGUAUCGAUUACCAAUCACUGCCAGUACCGCAGACAGAUGGAGAGAACUUUGAAAAUAUAGCCAAUCCUAGAUUUCGCUGCGAGCCACCAGAUUUCUGUUGUCCACCAUGCAAUAUAAUGAUCACUGAUCCUACGUUUAAAGAAUCAGUUCCCGUUAGUCCCUUACCUCCAGUAGAACAAGAAUGUGGUAUCAAAGGAAAAACCUCCGACCCCAGCGAAUCCGAUAUCGAUUCUAUAAUUAGUAUCGGAGUAAAAAUCGUUAAUGAUGACGAAAACGGGGAAACGGUAUUUGGCGAAUUUCCAUGGAUGGUCGCAUUAUUUAAAACAGACGAUUAUUCAACCAAUGACGAAGUAAUCUGCGGAGCUUCCUUACUAUCUCCAUUUAUUGUUUUGACAGCUGCGCAUUGCGUCAACAAAAUUGAUAAGCGUUCGUUGAGAGUUCGUGUUGGAGAAUACAUCGUCGGUAGCGAUGAAAAUGAAACUCUUCCUCAUCAAGAUCGUACUGUUAUUGAUGUCCAUAUACAUCCAAAUUUCAAUCCUAAAAGAUUAUUCAAUGAUCUCGCUUUACUAAGCGUUGAUAAACCAUUUGUUUACGAUUCGCACGUAAAUAGUAUUUGCGCGCCAGUUCUUGGCACCCCUUAUGUCGAAAACCACUCGUAUGAUCCUAAAAGCUGUUGGUCUAUUGGUUGGGGAAAGGGUAACAUCUCUCACAAGAUUACACAACCGAAGCUAAAGAAAGUCGAAUUACCUAUUGUGGAUCAUGACGAAUGUCAAAGAAGAUUACGGAAAACGAGGUUGGGCGCAAGAUUCGCACUAGAUUCUAGCUUUGUAUGUGCUGGAGGACAAAAAGGAUAUGAUUCGUGCAAGGGUGACGGAGGUGGGCCAUUAUUUUGCACAUCGCGAGCCAAUCACAAUCAAGUAAUCCAAGUCGGUAUCGUUUCAUGGGGUAUUGGAUGUGGCAGUGAAAUUCCCGGAAUUUAUGCAUCUUUAGAAGCUAACAGCGACUGGCUUACUGCUGAAACGAUUACCAUGUCUAUAUUCAGACCAGAAUCGUGAUUAUUUAUGAAAAUAACAAAUUUAAAAUGUUUUAUCGCCGUGUUAUCCCUGCAUUAUGAUCAGAGACUGAUUACCAUAAUUGACUGACUCAUGGUAAAUUUGUUAAGACCCGAUAAGCAGUAAAUACUUCAUAAAAAAAAUGAUAAACGCCUAGGUACCUAUAGAAAGACGCAGGAAGGAAGAGUGACGUUGUUAGUGUCGUAUUAAGAUGAAAUUUUAUGCAAAUGAAACACGAAAUAAAAAUACCCAUGCGGAAUGGGCGGAAUAUCAUUUUUUUAUACCGACGUACGUAGAUUGUGAAUAAAUUGUUGCAAAGUGAUACAUCGAACCUAAUCAGUUACCUAUUUAAUAUUUACUAGAUAACCCGUUUUUCGCGCAUACUGCGCUCCUCUUCUAGACGUGAAUUGUUCAUUUUGAAAAUUUUGAAAGUAUCUUUUUUCGCCUAUAAUUCCCAAAAAGUCUUGCUUUUUGCUAACAUUGUUAUUGUUGCUUUUUGCCGGAAAUUGUGAAAGUUUAUGGCUGUUUUAAUAAUUGACAGAAAAAAAAAUUGUUUCAAAGCAAAAAUUCCAAUAAUUCUUACUUUUUCAUCAAAAAUAACCCAAAGCGUAAAUUGUUCUCUAAAAUAUCCUGAAAAGCAUCACUCUGUCAUCGCUUUAUCAUUCAUUAAAAUAAUGUCCUACUUUUCUACAAAAAUUGAAAAAAAGUAUCAGCUUUCUUAUAACAAUUGCCUGAAAAGUCAUGGUUUCAUUUAAAGUUGGCAAAAAUUUCAAGUUUUAGGCAAAAUUGCGAAUUAGGCUACCUACUUAUCACUUUUUUAGCAGAAUUUGCUGAAAAAUUCCAAAAAUACUUGUUUUUUUUCUACAGUUGAAAUGAAACUAACACAUUGGAUUGGAUCUAAUACCACAUAACUGAAAAUUUCAAAGUUUCACUUAACUUUGACCUGGAACUUUUUUAAGCUUUCUUCAAAACUGCGAAUGUGUCAAAAUGUAUUUUAUGGCAAGCUUUUUCUAAGCAGACUAUGAGUACUCUAAAUAUUGGUUCGGUACUGGAGAAUACUUCAAUAAAAUACUUACUUAACACAAUUUUAGAAAUAUUCCAAGAUUUCCGAGUCAAAAAUGCAAUUAGGAAUUUCCUUAAAACGUGAUUCUAAUUUUGUCAAGGACUCACAAAAAAAAUUCAACCCCUCAGUUGAAAAAUCUAAACUCCUACAUAUAACAGUAGAGAUUUUCCCAAAUAGUCCAAAACUUGCAUAAGUUGAUGAAAAAGUGAGAUGCUACAUAGAUAUAACCACUCCAGAACUCAAAAAAAUGAAACCAUGGUUCCAGGAUUAAUUUUGAUACCCAAUGUGCUAAAAAUAGCACUUUUUCAUGUGUACAUCAACACCGUUGUUUUUCUGUUUUGAGCUAUUUAAAAACUUUUUAAAGCUCCCUUCAGAAACUUUUCAAUUUUUGAUAAAAACCAUCACCACUAAAGUUUAAAAGCUAUUUUCAAAUUAAAAUAUUAUUGAGUAGUAGAGAAUACUGAUUGUAUGAAGCUUUUUCAUGUUUUUUAAGCUUUAGGAUUUCAUUUAAGCUUUCUUCAAAACUGCGAAUGUGUCAAAAUGUAUUUUAUGGCAAGCUUUUUCUAAGUAGACUAUGAGUACUCUAAAUUGGUUCGGUACUGGAGAAUACUAAUUUUUUAUGUCAUAUCUGAAGCUUUCUAAAAAAUUUUCAGCUUUAAGCUUUCUUCAAAAUUUCACGAAUAUGGUCAAAAAGUAUUUUUUGGCAAGCUCGAUAUAGGUAGACUAUACAUACUUUAAAAUAUUCAUUGGGCACUGGAGUAUUCUAAUUUUUACAUCAUAUCUGAAGUUUUUUGAACUUUUUUCAGCUUUAAGCUUCUUCAGAAUUUUGCGAAUAUGGUCAAAAAGUAUUUUUUGGGGAGCUCUUUUUAGGGAGACUAUACAUACUUAAAAUAUUCAUUGGACACUGGAGAAUUUUAAUUGUUCCUUAUGAAGUAUGACGCUUUUUGAACUUUUUAAAGCUUUAAGCUCCUCCAUGACUUACCCCACAACCUCACCAAAAAAAUAACUCCAGACUACGACCUCGAAAACAUAUCAAUCGACAUAUCACACAAUAAUAUAAGAAACAUUUGACAUUUGAUCUUUUUUGAACUUUAAGCUUUUUUCAAAACUUUACGAAUAUGGUCAAAAAGUAUUUUUGGCAAGCACAUUCUAGGUAGGCCAUACAUACAUACAUUAAAAUAGUUAUUGGGUACUGAAAAAUUCUAAUUGUUUAUGUCAUGUAUAACGUUUUUUGAACUUUUUCGAGCUUUGAAUUUUUUCCAAAAUUCUACAAAUAUGGUCAAAAAACAUUUUUUGGCAAGCUCUUUCUAGGUACACUAUACGUACUUGCGCGUAUACAUCGACACAGUCAUUUAUACUGCCUUGAACUUUUUGAGCUUUUUGAAGCUUUUCAAAGCUUUAAUCAGAACAUUCCAAAGUUUUGAUACCACAACCCCACCAAAAAACUGACUCCAGAUUCGAACUCUACGACCUCGAAAACAUAUCAAUCGACAUAUUACACAUUAUAAUAUAAGGAAAAUUUGACAUUUGAGCUUUUUUGAGCUUUAAGCUUUUUUCAAAACUUUACGAAUAUGGCCAAAAAGUAGUUUUUGGCAAGCACUUUCUGGGUGGACCUCUUACGUAAUUUAAAAUGUUUAUGGGGUAUUGAAGAAUUCUAAUUGUUUACGUCAUGUACAAAGCUUUUUCAACUUUUUCGAGCUUUAAGCUUUUUAUAAAACUUAACAAAUAUGGUCAAAAAGUAUUUUUUGGCAAGCUCUUUCUAGGUGGACCAUACGUACUUUCGCGUAUACAUCGUCACGCUUGUUUAUACUGUAUCAAUUUUUGAGCUUUUUGAAUCUUUUGAAAGCUUUUUUCAAAACUUUUUGAACUUUUGACCAAAACCUGCACAUCUACGGGUCAAAAGCUUUUUUUUGAGACAUCGUUGAACAAAAUCGGUUCGGCAGUUCUUUCAAACGAACGAUCACAAAAAAAAACACCUUGCUAUUAAUAUAUAGAUUGAGCUUUUUUUGAGUUUUAAAGCACACACUUUUUGUGAACUUUUUUCUUCAACAUUUGACUUUUUUAGAUGCUCUUUCAAGGUAUAAUAUACGUACUACUGUGAAUACGUGACAUAUGCUACAUAUAGGCUAAAAUCAAUUAUUGAGCUUUUUUGAGCUUUAUGGCACAACUUUUUUGUAAACUUUUUUUUUGACAUUGGACUUCUUUCGAUGCUCUUUCAAGGUGUAAUAUACAUAUUUCUCUAUAUGUCGAAUGUAUGUACUACGUAUAGGCUAAAAUCAAUUAUUGAGCUUUUUUGAGCUUUAAGGCACAACUUUUUUGUGAACUUUUUUCUUCAACAUUUGACUUUUUUAGAUGCUCUUUCAAGGUAUAAUAUACGUACUACUGUGUAUACGUCGAAUGCGCUACGUAUGGACAAAAAUCAAUUAUUGAGCUUUUUUGAGCAUUACGGCGCAACUUUUUGAACUUUUGAUUAAAACCUGCACAUCUACGGGUUAAAAGCUUUUUUUUUUGAGACUUCGUCGAUCAAAAUAUAAUAUACAUAUUUCUCUAUAUAUGUCGAAUGCACUACGUAUAGGCUAAAAUCAAUUAUUGAGCUUUUUUGAGUUUUAUGGCGCAACUUUUUUGUGAACUUUUUUCUUCGACAUUUGACUUCUUUUGAUGCUCUUUCAAGGUAUAAUAUAUGUACUUCUCUGUAUACCUCAAGUUGGCUACGUAUAGACAAAAAUCAAUUAUUGAGCUUUUUUGAGCUUUAAGGCACAACUUUUUUGUGAACUUUUUUCUUCAACAUUUGACUUUUUUAGAUGCUCUUUCAAGGUAUAAUAUACGUACUACUGUGUAUACGUCGAAUGCGCUACGUAUGGACAAAAAUCAAUUAUUGAGCUUUUUUGAGCUUCACGGCGCAACUUUUUGAACUUUUGAUUAAAACCUGCACAUCUACGGGUCAAAAGCUUUUUUUUGAGACUUCGUCGAUCAAAAUCGGUUCAGCCGUUCCUGAGAUCUCGCUGUCACAAGAAUCCGGUCAUAAUUUUAAUAUAUAGAUAAUACCUUCCAUAUCAACUGCGAGUUCGUGAAUUUUCCGACGCUUGAAGAUUGUUUGAUUUAUUUCAGGGUCAAUUAAUUGAAUAUUAAUUAGAUAGAUAUACUUACGUUUUCAACAAGAAAUACUUAAUCAUGCGAAGAAAUGCUAAUUAAUUUUUUUUUCCUGCGUAAGUGCGUAUAAUCGACUAAUUACAAUCGUGGUCAUCUCACGAAAACAUAAGUUGAUAUAGGUACCUCUACCUAUGUUAUAGAAUAUGGAAUUAUAAAUUCAACAGUGCAAACUUCAUGAUCAUGACGAAUUUCCAGUAGGUAAACCGCUGAAUUUGUCGAACAUGAAUCUUGAAACCAGAAAUGAAAAUGAAAAAAUUCAUGAAAAAGAAAAAACGGUAAUAACAAAUUGGAACUAAGAAAACGCUUAACGAGACGUAUUGUCAAAUUUUGAAACGAUUGCUGCGUAGACUUUUUUCACUUCCUCGUCGCCAAAUAGGUACGCGUUGAACAUAAACUACUUACAUACUUGUAAACUGAAUAAAUUUGUUUAUCGAAAAAAAUCCUCUCAUGUAAAAUUACGCAAUAUAUUCAGGUCCAGUUGCUUCUUCAUAUUCGAUUGUUUAGUGGGCCAGUUUGCCGAUGAAUGGUAUUGAUGAAGGAUCAGCCCUGGAUUUAGGCAUGGACCGAGUGGGCGGCAAAAUUUCAGAAGCGGCAAAUUUUUAAUUUUUUUUCACUACUUUUUAAAGAGAUGUGAAUAAUCAUGACGAUUGAUAAAAUAAUUAUGGCUGUCAGCUGGAUUAAAAAUAUGUAAAUUGCUAUCUUGCAUAUCGAAAAUACCAUUUCAAAAAAAAAAUUAAUUCGAUGAUUCAAUCCAGAAAUUCUCCAAAGCUAAUCCAGAAUACAGUUGUUUAAAAUAAAAAAAAUGAAAAUUAAAUUUUGAAUAUUGAUUUUUUUAAAUUUAAUAUUAGAUGUUCUUAGAUUUUUUUUCAGUUUUUAAUGAAACCGAAUUUUGAAUGUUGAUAAAAUUUUCAAGAUGCUUCUGUAGAGCCAAAAAAGUAAAAACUAUGAAACUGUUUCUCUAAAAGAAAGACGCAUAAAUUUCAGUUUCUUUCUAAAUAUUUUUCUCUGGGUAAAAAAUUGGCUGAUGUAUUUUUUAAAAAUCUAUUUCUCGAAAAAAAGUAUAAUUAUAAUAAUAUGUAGUAGUUGUUAAUCGUGAUUGUAGAAUAGAAACCUUCAGAUAGAUAGGCUGCCCGUUUUAAAAAUUGAAAGGCGUAGUUAGAUACUUGAAUUUUAAUUUUGAUACUAAAUCGUUCCCCUUUAACAUAUUGUGUUACUGUGUUAGAUGAAUGUGGGAAUUAUUCAUUAAUAACUAACACCACCAUUAAAGCAUAAAAAAUAGGUAUACAUAUUUAGGUAGGUAAGUAGGUAUAUUCAUAUAGGUAUUCGUAAAAAAAAGCAACAUGAAAUAAUCGAUUACGAAGACGUCUUAAACGCGGACAUAGUAUUAAUUUCAUUCGUAAGCCAUUCGCUGUUUGCUUCUAAAGAUGCAUACAUUCUGGGCAUUUCGUGGCUACAUCCAAUGUCCCAUGAAACGACACCGACUUGGAUUACUUUAUUGUGAUUGGCUCGCGAAAUGCAAAAUAAUUGCGUACCUCCGGCGGUAUACUGUAGAACAAAAAGUAGUCCAGUUAUGGUAUAAUUUUCAAUAGAAAUUAUUUUGUAGGUCCCAUUAUAGGAGGUAUCAUAACUCGAAUCACUUACUCUGCACGUAUCAUAGUAUGGAUCCUCUUUAGCGCAUACAAAGCUAGAAUCAAGUAUAAAUUUUGUUCCUAAUUUCGUUGCACGAAGUUUUUGUUGACAUUCGUCGUGAUUCACGAUAAAUGUAACUUUCUUUAGCAGUCGUGGGCUUCCGCCAGCUAAGAAAAUCGCAAAAUUAAAAUGCUGGACAAAGUUGCGUGCUUUUAAAAAAAUUUAAUGCCCCGCUCACCUUGAAUGGUAUGCUUUUCCCAGCCGACAUCCCAGCAUUGCUCGGGAUCGUACGAAUGUUUUUCGCCAUAAGGAGUGCCGACUAGUGGUACGCAAAUACCAUUUAUGUAGGAAUCGUAAACGAAUGGUUUGUUAACACUUAGUAAAGCGAGAUCAUUGUAUAAUCUUUUCGGAUCAUAAUUUGGAUGUAUGUGGAUAGCAUUUACAGUUCGAUCUUGAUGAGGAAGAGUUUCAUUUUCAUGGCUACCAACAUUGUAUCCUCCAACACGAACUUUCAACGCUUUGAUCUCAAUUAUUUUGCUGAAAAAAAAAUUACCAAAUGAAAAUAACAAAGUCUAGGUAGAUUACUGCUCGGUGGACGUACUCACUUUACACAAUGUGCGGCCGUUAGAAUAAUAAAUGGCGAUAUUAUAGAAGCUCCGCAUAUUAUUUCAUCAUCGUCAGUAGAAUUACUAUUUGUUUUGACUUUUAGUAAUGCGGCUGUCCACGGAAAUUCGCCCAGUACUGUUCCCCCUCCUGCGUUAAUUUAUACCUUACAGUUUUAAAUGACACGUGCAGAAAAACUAUAGUCCAUCAAAUACCUACCUUUAUGAACAGACGUGAUUAAUUUUUCUCCAUAAACUGAAUAAUCGGUUUUUGUGCCAGUAUCAUUAUUGCUAGGAGGUUCACCUCUGAUUCCACAUUCUUGUUCGACAGUAAGAACAGGACCAACAGUGCUGAAUUCUACUGACCUAUGUGAUCCCACUUCAGUCGAGGAUUGAGAUGGAACGUCUCUAGCGCUGGUCGAUGUUGACCUGGAUGACGAUAUCGUAGAGGAACUCAAAAUAGUAGCUGCGACUGUAAUACCGAUGGACGAUAUUAGCACCAAGGCUAGCACUACCAAUGAACCGUAACCGUACAUACUGCGAACUGUUUAUAAACUAACGUAAAUACAAUCGACCAGACUGGGCGAUCGUAGAUCGUACAUUCGAGAUGAAAAAUCUCGUACGCCAUUCAUUCUUUGAUACGAUUUGCGAGCAACGAUUAUCCUAUAAAGGGUAACAAGUGUUAGGUAUAUGUGUACGUACGUAAAUGUGCACACUUACGCGUUACACAAAUUUCUAUCAAACUGGUUCUCUCAACUGAGAAAACCCAUGUGGACGCGAGACGAGCAACGAAGGUUGCUUCGGUAGAAGUUUCUGAACAGCAUAAUCAUCAUGAAGAAAGAGAAUAACUCAAACCCAUUUUAUCAUUGUAACUCUUGCAACGCAGUCGUUGGAUUCCGUACUGGGUGUACUACACAGUGCUUAUCACUACAAAGCUGGUUCGGCAGACAUAGAAUUUACAUUGACGUUGUUGAAAGUUUAAUUGCAUUUUAGUGCCACUGUCAUUUGGUUAAUUUGAGUCCUCGUAUUUGCUGAAUAAGUUUUCUGCAAGCUCAUCUGUUACUGCGCGUUGUUAUUCCGUACAUCAAAAACGAGUGCGUAAUAUGUGGCCUUCUCGCGAUGAUAGUGUUAAUCAGCCAGUUUCAUUGAUAACAACUCCGCUGAUUCAAUCAACGAGUCUAUCGCCGAGGUUUCAAAAUGAACCAAAUAUUUUUCAAAAUGCAGAACCAGUCUACAAAAACGUUCAGCAUCAGAAUUCGUCGUCGAUAAUUUCACACCAUGAACCUACUCAUACCGACGCCGAUGAAACAGCGAAUUCUUCCUUACUGGUAAAAUGUCUCAUCGAAAAAUUCCAACAGUUGGAAGUUUGUGUGAAUGAAAAAGUUGAUAAUUUACUCGAACGUAAUCGCACAACAGAACGACGUAUGUUCUUAACUCUUUGUCCACUUGGUCUGAAUAUCGAAGCAGCUUGCGAAAGGUUUCUCGCAAACAGCCAAUUGUUCGAAGAUUUCAAAACCGAACUGAAAGAAGACUUCGUAAGUUAUCAAUCGGAACAGGACAAGUUGCUAAAUAUCUUGCAGGGUGGUAUGGAUGAUAUUAAAUUGACUCUCGGUUGCAAUAAACCUAGCUACGACAAUUUCAGAACAGAUCCGACAAUUUUACAACUGGUGCCGAAAUUCGACGACGUAUACAAGAAUUAUCCUACCGGCUUCUUGAAGAAUUUUGAAUUUUUUGUCGAAACCACCGCGAUUGGACCAGCGUUGCGACGUUUAUUAUUCAUACACGCCGUGCAGCUCGAUAAUCAUAUUUGGAGAAAAUACGUUGCCAAUAUUGAAACUUUCGAAGGACUCGUAAAACCGUUUCUAGACUUGACCUGGUCUAAAAAACAUCAAACGCGAGUUUAUUUAGAGUUUGAGAAGACUUCUUUCAAAUAUUUAUCGCUCGAAGAGACUAGUACCGAAGCGAAAAAGUGGUGUAAUAUUAUCCAUGACAUGGAGUACGUGUGUUUCCAGAGUUUUCGUAUUUCUCUCGUGGAAAAAUUACCCAGACAUUGGCAGGAUGCGUUGAGAGUAUUCAACCUAUCUGAUUUUGAAAAGUUGAAGGAAGGUAUCGAUAUGUGUCUUAAACAAGAUUCUGCUAUUCCUACUGUCGAUUACAUCAAGCAGGCAUGAGAACGAUUGUGAUCUUAUUAUUUUUUUAAAUUUAGUUAUAGUAUAGUUAUUUUUGUGUUUGUAGCGGUUUGUUUUUGUAUGUUAUUGAGUUUUUAUAUUUUUUGACUAUUUCGCAGCUAUACGGUUUUUGUUCGUUUUUUUAUUUUUUAGAUUUGUUUUUUGUUAUUUUUUUUGCUACAUUUUUUGUAUAUUAGUAAGGUAAGUACCUAACUACUUACUAUCUUAUUUGUUCGUUUUUUUGCGUCAAAAAUGUUUCAAAUAGGUACCUAGUUUGUAAAUUGUGAAUCUUAUUCAGUGAAAUUAGGGUACUAGAAUUUUGAUAUAUCAGAAUUGUGCGUUCAAAUUGAUUGCUCGAUUGAAUAAAAGAAAUGUUGGUGUUU